AUGUUGAACACGUCUGUAAUUCCAAACGGCUUACUCUCCAAGAAUGACGUCACGACAGAGGAGUUGCACGAGGCGGAUGACUGGGGCUCUGUGUACUCAUACAACCUCAUGUCCAUGAUUUGCGUCUGUGUAGUUCUCGGCGCCAUCGUCCUGGGAACGAUUCUUGGGAACAUCUUCGUAAUUUCGGCGAUUCUGUUGCAGAAGAGUCUCAGAGCCACGAAGUCGAAUUAUUUGAUUCUGUCGUUGGCCGUUACCGACUUAACGGUGGCCGUUUUCGUGCUGCCUGUAAGUAUAGAGAACCAGGUCACUGUCCGAUGGCGACUCCAGGCUUGGGUGUGUGACAAGUGGACGUCCAUGGACGUCAUGUGUUGUACGGCGUCUAUAUUACACCUACUGAUGGUCAUCAACCGAUAUCUGUCUGUGACUUAUAUGGGCUACACAAGGCGUCUCUCCACCCAUGAAGUUGUGCUGAUGAUUGCGAUGGUCUGGUGUGUUUCAUUUUGCAUCUCGAUCCCACCUUUACUGGGGUGGCGGGACAGCAAGCAAAGCCCCCAGAUCACGGGCUACUGUGUGGUAAGUCAAGAUCCCGGAUAUGCCUUAUUCGCCAUACUCGGAUCGUUCUAUAUUCCUCUUAUUUUCAUAAUUAUCCUGAAUUUAAAAAUUUACCGAGUUGCCAAGGGACGGGUUAAAAAUUAUGGAGCUAACGGAUCUAGGAUGCCUCAGCCGAGUCAGUCUGACACAGCCUGCACUGACACAGCCUGCGGUGACCAAAGAAUGAACGCCACGUCAACGACUGUAACUAAGGAGAAUAGAAUGCUCAUGGAGGAAGCUCAACAGACGAGUAACAAUUUACGGACAGUACAGAGAGAGAACUCUAACAUCCUCACCCAACAUAAAUCUUACAUUCAUUCAACAAUCCACUCUUUAUUUCGACCUAGAGUGUUUCUGAUUAACGCGUUCUGUAAGACUUGCUAUGUCUCUGAACUAGCCGUGAAUCUGCUCGGUUUCGUCAACAGCAUGGUCAAUCCGUUCAUAUACACUAUGUUUAACCUCAAAUUUAGCAAAACCUUUCGCGAAUUUUUCUACCAGAGGUUAAUUCGGAAAACGUGCGACUGCGAAAGGUUAAGGGUUAAGAGCAAAGUCGGGUGA